CCGAGGCCCGGGCAAGCCUGGGCCGGCGCGCGACGAUGGCUGGGUCGGCGCGCGAGGGAUUGCGGCCGGAGCCGGAGGGAGCCGAAGCGGAGCCGGGCGAACUGGACCGUUUCCUGCGGCUGCACCCCAGCUUGCACGUCCUCCCUCCGGGGAAGAAGGUCCGCUGCACGUUGACUGGCCACGAGCUGCCCUGCCGGUUGCCCGAGCUCCGAGCCUUCACAGCCGGGAAGAAGUACCUGCGCUUGAGCAAGGCCCCAGGCGUCUUGGACUACAGCGAGCACGAACCGCACAUUGUGCCAAGUACCAAAAACCCCAAUCAGCUCUUCUGCAAACUUACCCUGCGCCAUCUCAACAAGAUCCCGGAGCACGUUCUCCGUCACAUCCAAGGCCGGCGGUAUCAGAAGGCGCUUCGACGGUAUGAAGAAUGUCAGAAGGAAGGCCUGGAGUAUGUUCCAGCUUGCCUCUUGCAGAAACGGCGGAAGCCGCGGCAAGAAGCAGACAACAGCCUUUGGGAAGGGAGGGGGAAGCCUCGGCAGAGAGGGGCAUUCUGGGAGCCUCCCCCCAGCGACGAAGGGGCCAGUGAAACAGAUGAUAGCCUGAGUGACUUGUACCCCGCUCAACUCUUCCCAGAAAAAAGUGCCACAGGCAGGGAGACCCCCGGUGACUUUAUGAGCAGCAGCGAUGAAGAGGUAGCGAAGCCCGUUGCGGAAAAUGGUGGCCUGGCCGAAGCGAUGGAGGUUGAUUCCCAGGCAGGCACGAAAAGGGGAAAGAAGCAAGUGGGCCCUCGCAAGAAGAAAUUCAAAAGGUGGAACAGAAAAUCGAAAAAGCUUCGGAAGAGCAGUUAACAGGAAUUAAGUCUCUCUCUUGGGUCAAGCUCCAGGUUGUUUAAUGGGGCGGGAGGGCUGCCACUGGAACUCAGUGUUGCCUUUUCUUUAAGCAUGGUCCUUAUUUUCUUCAGAAAAGUUGUAUACAUGUAGUUGUACUUCAUUUACAUAAAGUAGUUCAACUCUA